CCAUAGCCCUGUGCCGCGGCCACAACCGGCUCCUGAGCUACCUCAUUCGCGUGCGCCGUCCAGGGCUGCCACAGCACGAUAUCCGUAGUCAUGCGCGUGGCUGAGUGAGGAGGCGAGCCCACCGCUGCCGUCCACCGGUGGGGAGAGAGGAGAGGGGCGCAACAACAGCUAGGGUUUUGCUCAAGCCGCCCCCUGAAAGUGACAUGGGCGGCCACCCUAAACAGGUCUCCAUGGUCUACUUUGAAGACCAUGGCCAAGAGUAAUAUUUCUAUAAUUCUGAAAAAAAGUGAGUGCAUGGAACAUUAACUUUUUUAGUAAACCAAUAACUGACAUGGAAAAGAACUACCAUGGGAUUGCAAAGAGUAUUAUGUCGCUGCACUAGUCUGGUUCCUUUUGGCAAAAGUUCACUUAUGUCAGAUAUCUCGAUCAAAGUACGGAGGUCAGAAUAAACAGAGUAAUGAAUGGGAAAAGGAGAAAGAUCUUAGCUGGAUAAGGGGCAGAUGUAGCCAAGUGGAUCAAGGCAGUGGUUAGAGAAAUAGUUUGGACUUGGCAAGCAAGAGUCAUGUCUGGAGACAAGUUAGGGGUUAUUUGAAAGUAUUUCAGAAACCGGGUUUGUCAAAGAUUCACCAGUCAGACACAAUCAACUCCUUGAUCAACUUCGACAAUCGACAUCAUCCGGGAUGGUGUCCUAGCCGUGGUUCUAACCCCUUUUUCAAAACGAAAAGAAAAUCCAUCACGGUGUCUGUAAUCCCCCCCUUGCUGCGUUUCUCAACCUAAGUCACUGAAUUUGGGAAGACAAUUUGUGGGAGGGGAUGGUAUAUUAAAUCAUUGUGCAUGGAGAUAGCAUGUCACUGCCACGCAGGCCUCCAUGUGACGCCCUUCUUGCUCUGCCACUGCAAUUGUCAUGGAUUUUAGGAGCAAUGUUCUAAAAUAGCUAUAUUCAGUUAAAAUCCUCAUAACAGGUCACCUCCCCAGUUACAAGUAUACAAAAUUGAUAGGUAAGGCUGUGUCUGGAGCUUACUUUGACUGUGUGGAGGCCCUUGUGAGUAUCCAUCCAGAGUCAUAUUUGCACUCGCCUAGUGCAGCGGAACUAUUGCUGUAGGUACAGUUUGUCCCCAGGCCAGGCAGGAUUCUCAUUCUAAAGCAUGCACAUAGUGAUAUAAUCUGUGAAAUCAAGCAAGAAACUAGAAGGACUCUCUCUCCGUCUCUUGUGGCCAUUGCUCCCCUCCAUCUCUCCUCCUCCCCUACCGCACGACAAUAACAGCUCACAAUUUCCAUAUGCCUCUCCGAAAGCCUUCACGCUCCUAAAAUGCUAAUCUACUUUCUGAGACCACAUCAUUUAGAUCAAAUGAUAAACAAGGAACAUUUGAUUUGAAUCCAAUAACACCGAGUUAACUUUAGAAGAAACAGAACUUACCAAGUUCCGAAUUUAGUUCCAGUUAUCUUCUUUCUGACGAGGUUCUACUCUCAUCUAAUGGUUAGUACAUUGAGUGUAAAUCAUUCCUAGUUUAUAGGCCUGUUCUUUGGUUUCUUUUGGAAAUUAAGUUAGCAUGUGAAGGUGCAAAUCAUUACUUAUUUUAUGAGCUUGUACUUCAGCUUGUUUUCAUAUUCAUCUUUUGUAGAAAUGCACACGUAGUUUGAUUGGUUAUUAGCUUAUGUUCCAGAGUUGUUAUUUAUAUACCCUUUCAUAGUUCAACUGAUUUGCAUCCAAAGCAGCAAACUAGAUCUAUUCUAGCAAGUAAAUAUUGUUUUUUGAGUUUGGCAAGACUAUUUGGCUGAUCUCAUUUCAGUAACUUUCAGGUGUAGGAAGUGUUAAGGGGAUACAUAAUCAGUUUUGAGCUGUGAGGCCCUGCAUUUGUGCUGCCUGCUGUUUGAUUCACAGCUCACUCUUUUCCUCCUACUCAUUCAAGCAAAGUACUGGAAUUUGUAAGCUCAGUUUAUUCAGGUCAUGGGAAUUGUUUGUCCUUAGCAGAGUUGAAGAUAAAGAGAGGAAGGCUAAACUCCGCUGACUCAGUUCAUGUGUGCAAUGAGCCAACUGCAAUAUAGGUUUUCAGUAGAUUAACACCAAUUGGGUCAAAGAAAAUAGAGAGGUUUAGGGGGAGGUAUGAGAUACUACUCGCGUCAAGUCCAGCGUUUGGCUGGAGACACAGAAGGAGGAGCGCUGUUGUUUGUAGACGCCCUCAACUCCAAGUAACAAAGCGACCAGUUGUCAACACUUCCUUUUAUUUUUGUAUUUUCCCUGGAAUUGGAGAUGGAGAUAAAUUCUUCGGGUGAGGAAACGGUGAUAAAGGUACGAAAGCCGUACACAAUAACAAAGCAGCGGGAGCGGUGGACCGAGGCAGAGCACAAACGGUUCCUUGAAGCCCUCAAACUGUAUGGCAGAGCUUGGCAGCGCAUAGAAGAGCAUGUCGGGACAAAGACGGCCGUGCAAAUCAGAAGCCAUGCUCAGAAGUUCUUCACCAAGUUGGAAAAGGAAGCUAUCAAUAAUGGUACUUCUCCGGGACAAGCUCAUGAUAUAGACAUACCUCCACCACGGCCUAAAAGAAAACCUAACUGUCCAUAUCCUCGAAAAGGUUGUCUCAGUUCUGAAACACCCACCAGAGAAGUUCCAAAAUCAAGUGUAAGCUUGAGCAAUAGCAAUGUAGAAAUGGCGAGCAAUGGAACUCUUCAGCUCACCUGCAUUCAGAAACUUCAAAGGAAGGAGUUGUCUGAAAACGGCAGUUGCUCAGAAGUUAUUAAUAUCUUUCGAGAAGCACCAUCUGCCUCAUUUUCUUCCUCUAAUAAGAGCUCUUCAAAUCAUGGUGUCUCUGGGGGAAUUGAACCGACUAAAACAGAAAACAAAGAUAUUGCAACCAUGGAAAGGAAAUCUACUUCCAUUGAUGUGGGGAAGGAUGUAAAAGAUAUUAAUGACCAGGAAAUGGAGAGGAACAACAGAGUCCACAUCAGUUCUAAUUAUGACGGUUCUCAUGAAGAUUGUUUGGAUAACUCAAUGAAACACAUGCAAUUGAAGCCAAAUACUGUGGAGACAACAUACAUGGGUCAACAUGCUGCAAGUGCCCCACUCUACCAAAUGAAUAAGACUGGGGCAACUGGCGCUCCAGACCCUGGAACUGAAGGAAGUCAUCCUGAUCAAACAAGUGAUCGAGUGGGAGGAGCUAAUGGAAGCAUGGACUGCAUCCAUCCAACACUUCCGGUGGAUCCAAAAAUUGGCAGCAGCUCCACAGCACAGUCCUUUCCCCACAACUAUGCAGGCUUUGCACCAACGAUGCAAUGCCAUUGCAACCAAGAUGCCUACAGGUCUUCUCUUAAUAUGUCAUCCACCUUCUCCAACAUGCUCGUUUCCACGUUGUUAUCAAACCCCACAGUACAUGCAGCCGCAAGGCUUGCAGCAUCAUACUGGCCAGCAGCAGACAGCAACAUUCCUGUUGGUCCAAAUCAAGAAGUUUUUGCUGAGAAUGCUCAAGGAAGACAUAUUGGUUCUCCUCCAAGCAUGGCUUCUGUGGUAGCAGCUACAGUUGCUGCGGCUUCGGCAUGGUGGGCAACACAAGGUCUUCUCCCUCUUUUUGCUCCCCCCAUGGCUUUUCCAUUUGUCCCAGUUCCUACUGCUUCCUUUCCCACAACGGAUGUUCAGCGAGCUACAGAGAACUGCCCAGUGGACAACGCACCGAAGGAAUGCCAAGUAGCUCAGGAGCAAGGUCAACCUGAAGCUAUGAUAGUUGUAGCGUCUUCUGGAUCCGACAAGAGUGGAAAAGGAGAGGUGUCUCCCCACACCGAGUUAAAUAUAUCUCCAGCUGAUAAAGUUGAGACAACACCUCCCACAGGAGCUGAAACAAGUGAUGCUUUCGGCAACAAGAAGAAGCAGGAUCGCUCUUCAUGUGGUUCCAACACGCCAUCAAGUAGUGAUGUAGAGGCAGAACAUGUUCCUGAGAACCAAGAUCAAGCCAACGACAAGACACAGCAAGCAUGUUGCAGUAAUUCUUCAGCUGGUGACAUGAACCACCGCAGGUUUAGGAACAUUUCAAGCACAAAUGAUUCAUGGAAGGAAGUUUCUGAAGAGGGUCGUAUGGCUUUCGAUAAACUGUUCAGUAGAGGAAAGCUUCCCCAAAGCUUUUCUCCUCCACAAGCAGAAGGAUUGAAGGUGUUACCCAGGGGGGAACAAGACGAAGCUACUACGGUGACGGUCGACCUCAACAAGAGUGCUGCAGUUAUGGACCAUGAACUUGAUACAUUGGUUGGGCCAAGAGCUACCUUUCCCAUUGAAUUGUCACACCUGAAUAUGAAAUCCCGCCGGACAGGCUUCAAACCUUACAAGAGGUGCUCGGUGGAAGCAAAGGAGAAUAGGGUGCCGGCUGCUGACGAGGUUGGUACCAAGAGGAUUCGCCUUGACAGCGAACCCUCCACGUGAUUUACUUGCCACGACAUGAUUACCAGCCUUCCCGAGUAGUGUAUUUUCAAGAAAUUGCAGUAUUUACAUCUAAGCUACUACUAUAGGACUUCUCAGUCCUUGCAAUGCAGUGUUUCACAGAACUCAAUUUGUUAUGUGUUGUAUGUUAAUGCUUGCCGAGCAGCCCUUCUAGACUGUCAAUUAAGCAUUAAGCACCUAUGCAUGCUACUUUAUUGGUAAAAGGCAUUAUGCUUAUUUUUGUGUGGUGAA